GCUGCAAGUUAUAGGUAUAUAUGUGGGCAGCUUGGAUCGUGGUGAGUUUGGAGUUCAAGAUGGCUAGCUGGCUGUUUCUGUGCCUUGUGCUCAGCAGUUGUUUCCUCGGUGCCACAGCAAGAGCCACGCUGGGGGUGGUGGAAACUGAAGGUGGCCGUGUGGAAGGAAUCAAUAAAAGGGAUGGGCUUUUCGCCUCAGUGGAUAUUUUUAAAGGGAUUCCUUUCGCUGCAAAACCAGAGCGAUUUGUAAAAGCUGCACCUCAUCCCGGAUGGACCGAUGUUCUGAAGGCCAAAGAUUUUAAACCCAGAUGCUUGCAGACGACCCUGUCACAAAAGGCUGUCUUUGGGAGCGAGGAUUGUCUCUACCUGAACAUCUGGGUCCCUCAUGGCAGAAAAGUGUCCACUAACCUGCCAGUCAUGGUCUGGAUCUUUGGAGGAGGCUUCCUGAUGGGAGCAGGACAUGGAGCCAACUUCCUGAACAACUACCUGUAUGAUGGGCAGGAGAUUGCAACGCGUGGCAAAGUGAUUGUUGUCACUUUCAACUAUCGGGUUGGCCCACUGGGCUUCCUGAGCACAGGAGAUACCAAUGCCCCAGGGAACCAAGGUCUAUGGGACCAGCACAUGGCCAUCACUUGGGUGAAGAGGAAUAUCGCUGCUUUUGGUGGGGACCCAGAUAAUAUCACCCUCUUUGGAGAAUCAGCAGGAGGAGCGAGUGUCUCCUUGCAGACUUUGACACCGUACAACAAAGGACUAAUAAAGCGAGCUAUUUCACAGAGUGGGGUAGCGCUUUGUGGCUGGGCAGUUCAGAGAAAUCCCAUGCACUGGGCCCAACAGCUUGCUCACAAGGUUGGCUGUCCCAUAACUGACUCUGCUGUCAUGGUGGCCUGUUUGAAGAUCACUGACCCCAAAGCUGUCACUCUGGCUAUUCCCUUGAAGCUUAUAAACUUGGAAGCUCCACUUGUGUCCUACCUGAUAUGGUCUCCAGUCAUUGAUGGGGACCUCCUUCCUGAUGAACCAAGGAACCUCUAUCACAAUGUUGCUGGUGUCGAUUACAUCGCUGGGGUUAACAAUAUGGAUGGACAUAUUUUCGCUGGCUUGGAUGUUCAUUCAAUCAAUCAGGCUGGGCUAGGAAAGACCUAUCCGAGCGACUUGUAUAAUCUUAUUCAAGGUCUGACCAUUGACAAAGGUGCAAAAGCUGCCAACUUAACUUAUGAACAUUACACCAAGGACUGGCCUGCUGAUCCCAGUCAAGAGCUCAUCAAAAGGACAGUGGUGAACCUGGAGACAGAUGUCUUGUUCUUGGUCCCCACACAACUAGCUCUGGAUCUUCAUUAUCAACAUGCUCAGGGAGCACGGACAUUCAGCUACCUGUUUUCUUAUCCCUCUCGGGCUCCCAUAUACCCCAAAUGGAUGGGAGCUGAUCACGCUGACGACCUCCAAUACGUCUUUGGAAAACCAUUCGCCACUCCGCUCGGGUACCGGCAAAGGGAAAGAGAUGUCUCGAGAUAUAUAAUCGCCUACUGGACCAACUUUGCUCACACAGGAUGCUGCCAGAUCUGCUGAGAUUCUCCAAUGUUCUCUGUGUUUAGUAAAUCUAAAUGCCUAUUUCUGCAAUGUAUUACUGCAGGAGGCAACUGUCAAACAGCACUCCAAGGUACACAGUGCUGUCUUUUGCAUAAUUGUUCACAUCUAUAAUGAGGAAAGAAAGAACAUAAGAGGAUUACAUGAAUGAUUAUUGCAGUGUGCUGACCAAGAUGCAAGAAUCAGGUUUGAAUUCAAUCAGUGAUUCGGGGCGUCUCCAAAGCACUAUAAGUCACAGAAAAAUACAAGAGUAAACUGUACCAAAUGUAUUAAAGCCCAGUAAUUUCACAAUGCAAA